ACAGUUUGUACUUUACCUUAGGUCCAUAAAAAUAACUUAAUCUUUUCCCUAGGACCUAAUCUUUUCCCUUUCCCCAGAACCCACGUUCUUCAUGCUGAUAAACCUGUUUAGUCUUUGCCCCGUUAUAAGUUUCUCAGGUAUCUUCCCAGUGUCUCAUUGCACAAGCAGGGAUCUUCUACUGUGCAGGAAGAAAAAAGACGACGUCCUCACAUAAGACAUACACGGAUCGCCUCUUACUGCCAGCUGUUUUACGACAGCUUAACUUUUCUUCAAAGGAAUGGAGUCAACUCAUCAGUUAACCAUGGAAGAACCUGUAAAGAAAAAGCAACUAAAUAAGUAUAAGAUAAUUUCUGGGGUGCUUCUUGUUGCAUUGGUUGUGAUGUCACUUGGAUUAGGCUUGGGUCUUGGACUUAAAAAGGAAAAGAAGCGACCACUAGUGUCCUGUAGGCAGAGAUGCUAUCAUACAGAGGAUGUUAUAGAAGAUGACUGCCGCUGUGAUGCUCAGUGUGUUCAACAUGGAAACUGCUGUUUCGAUUUCCAGGAUCUCUGUGAGAAGCCAAAGGAAGAAUGGACCUGUAGCAGAGUUCGUUGUGGAGAGGAGCGGAUUUCUAGCAGCCAUUGCUCAUGCUCAGAUGACUGUGUGACAAAAGGAGAUUGUUGCACAAACUAUCAAGUAGUUUGCAAAGGAGACGCUGCUUGGGCAGAAGGUGAAUGUGACAGCAGUACUGUUUCACAGUGCCCUGAAGGUUUUGAUCUACCACCUGUUAUUCUUUUUUCUCUGGAUGGAUUUCGAGCAGAGUACUUACAGACAUGGGGAGAUUUAAUGCCAACCAUAAACAAACUGAAGAAAUGUGGAACACAUUCAAAGUAUAUGAGAUCUGUGUACCCCACAAAGACUUUUCCAAACCACUACACAAUAGUCACAGGUCUGUAUCCAGAAUCCAACGGUAUCAUUGACAACAAUAUGUAUGAUUACAAUAUGAACAUGGCAUUCUCUCUUUCUGGACAAGGGAAGUUCAAUGCAUCAUGGUGGCUUGGUCAGCCAGUAUGGUUGACAGCUAUGUACCAAGGAUUAAAGGCAGGUACAUUUUUUUGGCCUGGAUCAGAUGUUGCAGUUAAUGGUACUUACCCUACUUACUAUAAACUGUAUAAUGGGUCUGUUGCAUAUGAAGAAAGAAUUCAAACCAUUCUGCAGUGGUUGGACCUUCCAAAAGAUAAAAGACCAGAUUUUUACACACUGUACAUUGAAGAACCAGACUCUUCAGGGCAUACAUAUGGUCCAGUAAGUGGUGGGGUGAUUCAGGCCUUGAUACGUGCUGACAAGACUAUAGCAAUGCUAAUGGAUGGGCUGAAGCAGAGGAAUCUUCAUAACUGCGUGAACUUGUUAUUAGUUGCUGACCAUGGAAUGGAAAAAACCUAUUGUGAACAGCUGGAGUUUAUGACCAAUUACUUUCCAUCCAUUAAUUUUUUUUACCUGUAUGAUGGACCAGCAGCUCGUAUCCGUGCAAGGAAUGUCCCCCAGGAUUACUUAACUUUUGAUUCAGAAGGAGUUGUAAAAAACCUUACUUGUCGGAAGACAGAUCAGCAUUUUAAACCUUACAUGAAGCAUGACCUGCCUAAGCGAUUUCAUUAUGCCAACCAUAUUCGUAUUGAUAAAGUUCAUCUUUACGUGGACAGGCAGUGGCUUGUUGUAAGGGACAACACAUAUACAUUUUGUGGAGGUGGUAACCAUGGCUAUGAUAAUGAGUUCAAAAGCAUGGAGGCAAUCUUUAUAGGACAUGGCCCAGGGUUUAAAAAGAAAGUGGAAGUAGAUUCCUUUGAUAAUAUAGAGCUAUACAACUUAAUGUGUGAUUUGUUAAAAAUUCAUCCAGCUCCAAAUAAUGGAACCCAUGGCAGUCUAAACCAUUUACUAGAACAACCAAUUUAUUUUCCUACUCACCCUGAGGAGAAAUCCGCUCCAUUGACCUGUCAAUUCACACAGCCAGCUUCUACUUUAGGUUGCAACUGCACACAUACUGUUAAUGAAACCAUUCUCAAUGAAAGAUUAAACCUUCCUCAAGCAAGCAUUAGUGAGUCAGAGGCCAAGAAUUUGCCAUAUGGAAGACCCAGAAAUGUAAUGGUUAAUAGCACAUAUUGCAUCCUUCACCAUGAGGGCUAUGUGAGUGGAUACAGCCACAAUAUAUUAAUGCCUCUCUGGAGUUCUUAUACGGUGGGCGCAAACGCAGAAGGCUCUUCUAUACCUCCUACGUUAUCAGACUGUCUGCGGCCUGAUGGUAGAAUUCCAGAGGCACAAAGCCAAAAAUGCUCAGACUACAAGCCAGGGAUGAAUAUAACCCACAGCUUCCUCCAUCCUCCCAAUUUUAAUAGCAGCACCGAGGAACAGUAUGAUUCUCUAAUUACAAGCAACUUUGUACCAAUGUACAGUGAAUUUCUGAAAAUCUGGAAUUACUUGAACAAUGUAUUGCUUCUAAAGUAUUCUUUAGAAAGAAAUGGAAUUAAUGUGGUUGCUGGACCAAUCUUUGAUUACAAUUAUGAUGGACAUGUUGAUGCACCUAACCAAAACUCAAGUUUUGUUGAAGGCACUAACAUUCCUAUUCCAACACAUUACUUCAUGGUGUUGACCAGCUGUAAAAAUACUACUCAGACACCCCUAACUUGCACUGGAAAUCUUGACGUCCUAUCGUUUAUCAUUCCUCACAGACCAGACAACACUGAAAGCUGUACGGAUAAUAAACAAGAAGAAGAAUGGGUUGAAGAGAGGCUCAAAGCUCAUGCGGCUCGUGUCAGAGAUGUUGAAUUGCUCACAGGUUUGGAUUUUUACCCUGACAGGAAACAACCAUUAACCGAAGUUUUACAGCUGAAAACGUUCCUGCCAACAUUUGAGACUAUUGUAAAUGGUUAAUUGUACCUUUUAUAUAAAUGGCCUACAUAACAUAUGUAUAGAUAAUCCUACCUUAUAUAUUGUGACCCCCUAAAAAUCAUUGCAAAGCCUCCUUGAUUUUCACCAAUCAGAUAUGACACUACCAUGACCUACUACCAUAACCACUGAUCUGCCUGAUACAAAAAGCACAGUGGUAGUAAAUACUGAUGAUGUAAAAGAUAUGUGUCCUACUCUUACCAUGUUUUUUUUUUUUUUGCUAUAAUACAAUGUAA